AGGCGCGUCCCUGUUGCGUGAGGCAAAAUGGACCGCCUUACGGCUUUCGGUAUCCUUUGGGUCUUGGGGGUGGAAUCAUUUUCGGCCGUUCUGUCGGGUGGUUCAGACGAAAACUCGCUAGACGGUGAUGCCGAUGUGUCUGGCAGCGAUGCUCUGGAUAACUAUCCCUUGAUCGACGGCCACAACGACCUGGCCUACAACCUAAACCGGUUCCUGAAAAACCAAAUAACCGAUUUUGAUUUCGAAAGCGACGUUGGGAAACAGGUCGCAUUUUCUAAAUGUGACAUGUGCCAUACGGAUUUGCAGAAGCUACGGAAAGGUCGACUGUCGGCCCAAUUUUGGGCGGCGUAUAUUAGUUGCAAUAAUCCCGGAAACCCGGUGUCCAACACGUUGGAACAGAUUGACGUAAUCAAAAGAUUAAUCAGAAAGUACCCAAACGAUUUGGUGUUUGCAACUUCCAGCGACGAUAUAGCGGCAGCGUUUAAAGAAAAGAAAAUAGCGUCAUUCAUAGGCGUGGAAGGGGGUCACUCCAUCGACAACAAACUCUCCGUCCUUCGUGCGUAUUACGACCUAGGGGUGAGAUACCUAACUCUGACGCACACGUGCGAUUUAAGAUGGGCUGAUUCGGCUACGGUCGACAUCAAAGGUUCACCAAAAAACAAUUUAUCAGAUUUUGGACGGAAAAUAGUGCUGGAGAUGAAUAGAUUGGGUAUGCUGGUGGAUUUGUCUCAUGUUUCCAAAAACGUGAUGCUGGAUACACUGAAAAUCAGCCGAGCGCCGGUGAUAUUUUCCCAUUCAUCAGCCAGAAAAAUUUACGAUCACGUAAGAAACGUAGACGAUGACGUAUUGGUUAAACUGGCCGAAAACGAUGGAAUAAUAAUGGUCAAUUUCUAUACUGACUUUGUGGGCCCCAACGCGACCAUUCGGAAUGUUGCUUACCAUAUCAAUCACAUUGUGGACGUUAUCGGAGUAAACCACGUGGGAAUUGGUGCUGAUUUCGAUGGAGUUCCAAGUACACCGCAAGGACUGGAAAAUACUUCCAAAUAUCCACAGCUGUUUGAUGUGUUGAGACAAUUGGACCCGAAUCGCUGGACAAUCGGAAAUUUAGAACUGUUGGCAGGUCGAAAUUUUGUGAGGGUUUUUCGAAAAGCGGAACAAGUCAGAGAAAACUUAAGUGGUGUGCCACCAGCAGAGGACAUCUUAGAUGAGAUAUUUUACCAUAUGAUUUGAUUUGCUCACUAGCAGUUGUAUGUAGUUUACUAAAG